UUCCCUAUGAUACAUUGUAAGAGCUCUGAAUGGAACUGGCCAGUCGUAUUGCUGACAUAAUUCAACAAGGAAAACAGGCUCAAAACUCCUCAAAUUAAUGGAAAGCAGUUUUCUGUGCUGCGACAGACAGAGACAGGUCACUGAUAUAGAGUUUAGAAGUAAAAAAGUGACAACCUGUUGUAAUAUCUCGUCGAGCCGAGUUAGGAAGUUUGUCAGCGUGUUCUUCCUUCAAUUGCUUCAAAGACAAGGAGGCCUCCUAAACUGUAGCGCCUGGAGUCAGUCAUGAGCCAGUUCUCUGGCAGCCUGGACCAAGAUGAACUACAGGACGACCCAGAAGAGCUGGACAUGGGCUGUCAUACUGACCUCUGUGGCAGUAAACCCCUGGAAGCAAGGGCCAUCUCCUUUCAAGCAAUAUACAACUUUCUUCCAUUUAAAUCGAUGGAUGGUGUUAUAUUUCUUGAAGAUGUGCCGAUCGUGGUGCAGGUGACAGAAGUGGAAAGAUUCACAUCCACAAGGGUGCUGAAUCCCAACCUGUACACUAUAGAGUUGAGCCACGGAGACUUCAAAUGGAAAAUCAAGCGGCGUUUCAAGCACUUUCAGGGGCUUCAUCAGGACCUGCUCAAAUUCAAGGCCCUCUUAAAAAUUCCCCUGCCAAGUCGAAUGCACUCUGUCAAAAGGAGGUCAUUCAAGGGUCGCAGAAGAUUUCAUGGAGAACACAUACCUACGUUACCACGGAGACCUGAUGCCCUAGUCAAGGAGGAACAGCUCAUGAACAGAAAAAUGCAACUUGAAGACUAUCUGAGGAAUAUAUUAAAAAGGCCUUUGUACAGAACACAUCCUUCAACGCUUGAGUUCCUGGAAGUGAGUCGGAUCUCAUUUAUCCAGGACCUGGGACCAAAGGGAAUUGAAGGUCUAAUCCUAAAGAAAUCAGGAGGAAACACGUUCCCUGUGUGUUACUGGUGUGGAUCCAACAGCGUCUGUUACCGUUGGUCCAAAAGCCGAUGGAACGGUUCUCCUCCUUGUUUCAGCUCUCAUGUGGUGACCGCUUCAUGUUUCAGAUGGCUGGUGGUAAAAGACUCCUUUGUUCUCUACAUGAGGCCGAAGGAUGGCCAAGUAGGUACCGUGAUGAUGUACGAUAAGGGAUUUCACAUCAAAAUAGGGACCAGAGAGACCGGAGUCAGACACGGAGUCACUGUUGAGAAUUUAUGCAGGGCACUUACUAUUAAGUGCUCCACAUAUAGACAGGCUCGCUGGUGGGGUCACUCCAUAGAUGAGUUUGCUCAAAUGUUUGGGCAGGACUAUCUGAGAGAAAACCGCCAUGGGUCAUUCACACCUGUGAGAGAAAACACUACAUCAAAAUGGUUUGUCAACGCAGCUGGAUACUUUGAUGCUAUAGCAGAUGCCCUUGAAGGUGCAAAGGAAGAAAUCUUCAUCACGGCCUGGUGGUUGAGUCCAGAAAUCUUCCUCAAGCGACCGGUGGUGGAUGGGAACAUGUGGAGAUUGGAUCAUGUCCUCAAGCGCAAAGCACAACAAGGAGUGAAGAUCUUUGUCCUGCUUUACAAAGAAGUGGAGGUAGUGAUGGGUCUCAAUAGUGAAUACACGAAGAAGACACUCAUUGGGCUUCAUUCAAACAUCAAGGUCAUCCGACACCCCGAUCACAUGCCGUCCACAGCACUGCUCUGGGCUCACCAUGAGAAGUCAGUGGUGAUUGACCAGUCGCUGGCUUUCCUGGGAGGCAUUGACCUGGCCUAUGGAAGAUGGGACGACUCUCAACACAGGCUGACUGAUGUGGGAAGUGUCAGAAGAAGCCCACAGCCCAGUCCUGCUCUGUCUCCCAGUUUUACUCAUCAGUCAGUGGCCACAGUGGAUGAGGAUGAGGAGAUGAAGUUUAGCGCGGUGGGUGAAGGGGGAAAAGUAGGAGAUUUAGGCUCGGUGGGGGAUCCACAGGAGAGCAGUGGGAGCUUCAACCUUCCCAUGAUGGAGGAACAGGGAGAGACCAACACGAGCCUCACCCUGCCCACAGAAAGACUAAAAAUCCCCUCAGAGGAGAAGAGUCGCAAUAGUCCUGAUGGAUCUGAGUACAAAUAUUACAGUAGCAGGAAUAGUCUUAAUUCCAGGACACAACUGGCUCGGGAAUGUUACACCAAGAGUUUGUCCCUCCAUUCAAGUGACUCAUAUUAUCUUGGGCUGCAUCACUCUCUCCCUCUGCCUUACGAGACCAGUUCCCUCAGAAGUUACUUCGGCAGUGCUGAACUCUGUGGAGAAACUCGUUUCUGGCAUGGCAAAGACUAUUGCAACUUCAUUCUUAAAGACUGGGUCAAACUCAACAAACCUUUUGACGAUUUCAUUGAUAGGUAUAAGACACCACGGAUGCCCUGGCAUGACGUCGGGGUGGUGGUUCAUGGGAAAGCUGCGAGAGAUAUUGCGAGACAUUUUAUCCAAAGGUGGAAUUUUGCAAAGUUGGUGAAGAAGCGGUCGGGGGCGACGUGCUACCCCUACCUCGUGCCCAAGUCUCUCUCCGCACCCAUGGUGCCAGCCGAAUAUGAUGGCAAAUCCACCCGGGGUAACGUUCAGGUUUUGAGGUCUGUGUGCCAGUGGUCUACAGGCUCAAAGGUCCACGAGGAGUCGAUUCAUUUAGCUUAUAUAUCGGCCAUCCAGAACAGCAAACACUUUAUCUACUUAGAGAAUCAGUUCUUCAUCAGCUGUGCUGACAAAACCAUCCACAACAGCAUUGGAGAUGCGAUCACAGAAAGAAUCCUGCGAGCGUAUAGGGAGAAGAAGACGUUUCGUGUCUAUGUGGUGAUGCCUCUGUUGCCUGGCUUUGAAGGUGACAUCUCAUCAGGGGAGGGCCAAGCCAUCAAAGCAAUCAUGUACUUUAAUUACAGGACAAUGUGUCGAGGGGAGCACUCGAUUGUUGAGAGGCUCAAACGUUGGCAGAUUGCUGGAUCAAGUACAUCUCAUUCUGCGGCCUGCGCACUCAUGCUGACCUGGAUGGGCGUCUGGUCACUGAACUCAUUUACGUGCACAGCAAGCUUAUGAUCGUGGACGACUGCACUGUCAUUAUUGGUCAGACACACUGCCCACAGAGCACAUGCACAAAACCAUAGUAGAGUCAUUCUAAGGAAAGACUUUCUGACAGAAAAAAAUGAGUACUUUGAGACUAGAAUUUAAAAAAUCAAAUCAUAAGGAACGUGUCCAACCCAUUAUUCACAUCAGCGGUGAACUACAUUCAGAGUUAUUUUCAUAUUUUAGUAGAAUUAUUUUUAUUUAUUUAGUCAUUUAAAUAAAAUGAACUACAAUGUAUACGUAAAUGUAAUGAAUAAUACUGUUCAUUAUAUCAUUAGUAUGCAAUGGGGACCUAAGAGGACUGAAAGCUUUUAGUGGACUGUUUUCCAUUACUAGCAAAAAUGUAUUGUGUGUAUUCAAUAUAUUGUUGUGUUAUAUUAUAUUAAUGUGAAUAAGUUUUAUUCAUAUUUAUUUAUUUUUCAAAUCAAGUAGGCUGUACAGCCAAAUCCAAUGUCUUUGCAAAACAUGACCUUGUUUAUUUUGUUCACGUCUCUGCCACUUCUCACCACUAGAGUGCACUGCAGCCUAAGAAAAACACUUGUAGUGCGUAUGUGAGCAGAAUAACAAACAUCAACAGAUGUUUAUGAAAGGCAUGUCAUGCCUGUCUCCCCACCACAAAUCCAUUAUUAAAAUCCAAUUUAACGUCGCUUAAAUCCUGUUUGUCUCUAUCAAUUCCAAUUAUCCCAUCAUCCGUAAAAACAGGUUUUGAAGAAGACAAGUGAAAAAUGUCACUCUUUAGCCUACACUGUGUCCUUGAGGCUCUCAGGAGAGGUCACUCCCAAAUCCAGAUCCAAACCACGUUCCUCACACUUUACAGGCAGUAGCCAUGAUAGUGCAAAGCGAAAACCUGAUGUUAAGAGCAGUCAUUUGAUAAGUGUUUGUGAUUUGUAGGCUCGGCAAACAUCAAUGACAGGAGCAUGCUGGGAAAGAGAGACAGUGAAAUGGCUGUGAUUGUUGAAGACACAGAUUUCCAGCCCUCUGUAAUGGAUGGAGAGGAUUAUCAAGCUGG